UCGCCCCAUACGGCGCCGCGCCUACAAAAAGCCGGGGCGCGGAGCGCUCGUGUCCGUUGCAGCUGCGGAGGUCCAGAGCACGAGAGGUCGAGCCGCGCCGAGCUAAUACAACGGAGCGCAUGGACGGGCAGGGGAAGGAGGGCGGCGGGGGAGCGGGGAGCGAGUGCGACGUGGUUGGCAGGGCCUUCGUGGAGUACUACUACCAGACGUUCGACGGCAACCGCGGCGCGCUCGCCGCGCUCUACGGCGGCACCUCCGUCCUGUCCUUCGAGGGCCACCGCGUGGCCGGCGCCGCGGAGAUCGGCCUGAAGCUGGCCCAGCUGCCCUUCGAGCAAUGCCGGCACUCCAUCUGCACCAUCGACUGCCAGCCCACGCCCUCCUUCCCCGGCGCCAUCCUCGUGUUCGUCAGCGGCAACCUCCAGCUCGCCGGCGAGGAGCACCAGCUCAGGUUCAGCCAGAUGUUUCAGCUGGUGCCCAACGAGCAGGGAAGCUUCUUCGUGCAGAAUGACAUAUUCCGGCUCAACUACGGAUGAUACGCAUGCUAUGCGUAUUCGAGAAAAAAACUACGGAUAGCAGAGCGGGGUCGCGUGGGGUUGCCGAAAGGAUGUGGAUGCUUGGAUGCUUUGGCCCCGUGGAUGGACGCCCUUGCUUUUUCGCGCUCAUUCUUUUCUUUACAUUACGUUCAUGUAGCAGCAUCCUGAAUGAAUAAUAAAGUUGGUGGUGGCCGUGGUGUACGUGGUGUACUUCGAACUGAAA